CAGCUUACGUCUGCUGUCUUUCCUUAAAAUUUGUUACAUCUCGAACGAGAAAGAACCUUGUCGCUACCAGCUGUUUUCGCGUGUCCUUUGCAGGUGUCGGUAGAACAGCAUAAGCUACAGCAGCACGCGUUCCACGGUGGACAGCGGCUUCCCGCACUGGCACCUCAGGGCAGGCGGGAACAAGUUGGCGCGGGUGCUUCGCCGUUGCAGUUGCACAGCAUCUCGAGCAGCGACCUACAACCCAUGCCGUCCCCGUUCAAUUCUCUGCUGCUGCUGCCCUCCGAAGAUAGGGUGCACGCUGUCCCCGGUGACAUCGGUCCCGGUUCCAGAUGGUCUCUGCCGCAGCUCUGCAUUGGCAUUUGCGCCAUGGUGGCCUUUCUGUUGGCCAUCUUGUUUGCGAGCACUCUGGCUGUUCGCACCCUGAAGCACUACGAUCUUCUGAGCCCCGCGGCUAGCGGCAAGCUCAAGGGUCCACCCUCCGAACCGCCUACGACUCCUGCCACGUCGACUUCCGAUGCAGCGGCACCACCUGACAAGGACAAUGGAGGCGCCCUGAACACUAGCUAUGUGGCGUUAUACGCGCCAGCCCUCCGCUGAGCGUCGGGUGUACUCAGAUAGGAAUGGGAGAACCAUGCAGUAAACAUCCUCGUGUUCUCUCUUCGAAUAAAGUACUUUGAUGUUUCGUCGUACUG